AUGGCGGCGGGCGCGGGGGAGCUGCUUCUGCUCCUGCUCUUGGUCCUCACGGUGCAACUGGCGGCGGCGGUUCCGGCCGCGCUGCCUCUGGUCGUCAACACCUGGGCGUUUAGGAAGGCCACGGAGACAGCAUGGAGAAUAUUACAGAUGGGAGGUUCUGAGCUGGAUGCAGUUGAAAAAGGUUGCGGUCAGUGUGAGAUUGACCAAUGUGAUGGGAGUGUCGGAUAUGGAGGAAGCCCAGAUGAAAGUGGAGAAACAACACUGGAUGCAAUGAUUAUGGAUGGCAACACUAUGGAAGUUGGGGCAGUUGCAGAUCUGAGACGUGUAAAAAAUGCAAUUGGUGUAGCAAGAAAAGUCAUUGAACACACUAAGCAUACCUUAUUAGUGGGAGAGUCAGCUUCCAUGUUUGCUGUAAGGAUGGGGUUUCCAUAUGAAGAUUUAACUACUCCAAAAUCUCUUUCGAUGUAUUCAGAGUGGCUUAAUCAGAGCUGUCAGCCAAACUACUGGAAGAAUGUAGUACCAGACUCUUCAAAAUCCUGUGGACCAUACAAAAAGGCUGAAAAAGUGAUUUGUAAAGAAGAUUGGACCAUCUCCCAAAGAAGAAUAAGUGUUCAUAAUCACGAUACUAUUGGUAUGAUAGUAAUUGGUGAGAGUGGAACCAUUGCUUCUGGGACAUCUACUAAUGGUGGAGUCCACAAAAUUCCAGGCCGUGUAGGGGACUCUCCAAUAGCUGGCGCAGGAGCUUAUGCUGAUAGUACAGCAGGAGGGGCUGCAGCCACUGGGGAUGGUGACAUCAUGAUGCGCUUCUUACCCAGCUAUCAAGCUGUGGAGUAUAUGAGGAUGGGAACAGACCCAACAGUAGCCUGUCAGAAAGUUAUUUCUAGAAUCCAGAAGUAUGCACCAAAGUUCUUUGGUGCUGUUAUAUGUGCCAAUGCAACUGGAAGUUAUGGUGCUGCGUGCAAUAAAAUUUCAGGAUUCACUCAGUUUCACUUCAUGGUUUAUAAUCCUGUGCUAAGUCAGCCAUCUAAGCAAGUAGUGGAUUGCAUCUAAUUGUUUUUGUACUAGUAAUGUCUAAACUUAGUUGGGGAGGGGCUAAAAAUGUUCCCUAGGUGUUACUUUGCAAAGUGCUUGUUCAUUUUUACUGUCGUGUAAUCCUUUGAGCAAGUACAAAGGUAUGUUGGAGAUGCACCUGUUACUUCACUAUUCUUAAUAUGUUCUACUUUGUAAUUACUUUGUCUAGUGCCAGUAAACGUAAUCUUUAGGUGCUUAAUCUAAUUAGUUUGUAAAAUUACUUCUAAAUGACUGUGGAUUUUAAUCUAGAGUGAUAUUUAAGAAACUCUGUGAAGUUUUAGGGAAGUGAAUAUAUCUGCACAAUUAGAGUGCUUACACUUUUACAGUUAGCAUAGGGAACUCAUCUCUGCUCAAAAGUCAGCAUCUAAGUAAAAUGACUGAAAUUGAUAUGCCUUGUUUCUGCAUAUGCUUGACGUCGCUUAAGUCAAGAAUUCCGUACACAUUCCAUUGCAUCCCAGCUCCGUUCUUAAACUUGUGCAAACCUGCGAGUCAACCUGUGGUUCUAAAUAUGGCAAAAUUUCUCUGAGUAUUUACUUCUGAGUAAUUCCAGGUUUCAUAAUGCAAACAGAUUUUUCAUGUUCACGCAAAGACUUGAGUGUCUAAUAGCCUUUCUAAUCUGUUCUCGUAAGAGCUAAGUAGCCAAAAGUGAUGUGUAGUAACCGUUGAACUGGCCCUUCACUUUGUCAUUUAAAAUCAAGUCUUUGGCAGAAAUCUGGAAUGUAUGGGGAAAAGGGGGAGAGGAAAGGAGGAUUUAUUUUGAGAAUUGUUAAUCAUCCUUCAAAGAUUUAGUCCAGACUUCUUUUCCUUUGAAAAGUGAAUUGCAUGCAAAUUCUGGCAAGCAAGGGAAGGGGACUGAAAAGUGGUGGUGGUGGUGGAGAAGAUUUGGAAAUCUUAAAAGAAAAGCAGCAUCUGCUUGAUGGACAUUUCUAACUUUUGGAUAUUUCUAACGUGCUUUGCAAUGCCCAAGAGUGUCUCUGAAUAGAGAGAACAUCCAGACAUCCCUGAUAGUACAAGCAUUCACGGAGCAUUGAAGUCUGUUGCUGAUUCUUUAAAGUGGAUGAGAAGACAGAUGGAAAUCUUCCCGUCACCUUUUUUUCUGUAGUGGAAAUUAAUUAUGAGCUUUAAUCACAGUAAUUCCCUUGUCACUGAUUUCAAGUGUGCUUGCCCAUUCUGUAGCACGUUAUCUCCGAAAAAGAGUAAUUGCAUAUGUAUAGUAUGGCAGUUACCUAUAGCUAACAAAGGUAUUUUUGUCGCUCCUUUUCUGUAUCCAGAGAUACCAGGGUUCACUUACAGUAAAACUUUAGCAUCUGGAGGAUUGUUUUAUUGGUAUUUGAAGAUAUGUUUGAUCCUUCUGUAAACUUGAUAGCAAAGAUUCAGUGAAAUGAUCAUCAAGCUAAACUUAAAAUUGCUAGGGGAAUGUAAAAAAGGGGGAGGGAGUAAAAUGACCACAUCUUGUCAUAACUACUUUAUUUUUUUUUAAUCUACUUAAAUAAAAGCAUUGAGUAGUAAAAGCA